GUACAGUCUUGUGAAAAAGUACCUCGGAACCGGGGAAAUGGUGCGAAGGAGGGAAUUUUAGACGGGAUCAAUAAAGGGAUAAAUAGAGCUCCCUUCCUUUUCCUCCAGCAGAGAGAGACCGAGAGGGAGACGCUGGUUUAUCAGCAACAUGCUUUUACCGCCCCCCCCCUCCGCUUUCUCCCUCGGUCUGAGCUGAAAACUGAUUACAGGUUGCUUAUCGACUCCAGCACAAAUUCACCCCUUCCAGCAUAGAUCUUGGAGGGUUUUAUAUCGCAUCAAUUAUUUAUCAUAUUUUAUAAAUCCAGCAGCACUACAAUUUUUUGCCCCCGAGGAGGGAACGGGCGGCGAUUGGCGCCGCCGGAGCCACGUGCCCGCGCGUCACAUGGGCCGGGAGGAAAAAGGGCUCCUUUUUGGUGUAAAUCUGGACUCUAAUUCCGUAAUAUAUCACGGUACCUCGUAAAACCGACACUAAAACGUCCCGACCUACAAAUCACCCGGCCAAAUUAUGAGUUCAUUGUAUUAUGCGAAUGCUUUAUUUUCUAAAUAUCAAGCCGCAAGUUCGGUUUUCCCAUCCGGAGUCUUUCCCGAGCAAACUUCUUGCGCUUUCGCCUCCAACACCCAGCGAGCGGGGUAUGGGGCCGGAUCCACGCCUCCCUUCGCCGCCUCCAUGCCCGGGCUCUACUCCAGUGGCAGCGCCGUGCACCCCCAGCCCCCCAGCAUGUAUUCCUCCGGUUACGGCCUGGAGCCCGGCUCCUUCAACAUGCACUGUUCCCCUUUUGAGCAAAACCUCUCCAUGAUGUGCCCGGGAGAUGCUUCCAAGCAGAAUUGCAGCAAAACGGACCAGAGGGACUCAGAUUUGCAAAGCGACAGUAACUUCCGUAUCUACCCCUGGAUGAGGAGCACAGGCACCGACAGAAAACGCGGCCGCCAGACCUACACCAGGUACCAGACCCUGGAGCUGGAGAAGGAGUUCCACUACAACCGCUACCUGACGAGGAGGAGACGCAUCGAGAUCGCCCACGCCCUGUGUCUCACGGAGAGACAGAUCAAAAUCUGGUUCCAGAACAGGCGCAUGAAGUGGAAAAAAGAAAAUAAAACUGCCUGCUCCGGCUCCAACAGCCAGGAAAAACCAGAUGCGGAGGACGACGAGGAGGAAUGAAAGGGGCGAGAGGUGGAUGCACGAAAGGUGGAAACCCACGCGAGAAGAUAAGGGGGGGAAAACACAGAAAAAGACUAUAUAUUAAAAUAGAUAAAUGAUAAGUGCAUAAAUAAUUAAAAACCCUAGAAAUGAUACAUUGUGUUUCCUGACACUGAAAAAAAUACUACCUAUAUUAAAGUCUUUUUUUUUUUUUUGUACAAUAGAAUGACUAUCUACCUAUUAAAUGUGGCUUUAGAGUCAGAAUAGACACAUUUUUCUAUGUGAGUCUUCCUAUAGUACAAGUAAUUUGUAAAUCUCCGUUUGUACUUCGCUGUGUACUUUUUGGUAUGAAGUAACGUGGACGUGUUUAGCACCUUUAAUUUAGAAAAUGUGACCUGGAAGUCUGAAUGCAAAUUAUACUUAGCGUACAUAGUCUUGUACAUAAUAUGAAUGAUUAUUACUCCUUCUCCCUGUCAACCUCUGUGGUUCUUUACUCUUUGCUAUGCUCUUUUGUCUGUGUAUAUUUUUACCUGGAUUUCUUCCUUGUUCAAGUCUCUACGAAAAAAAAAAAAAAAGAGGAAUUAAUAUUGUGCUACGUAAAAUGUUGUAUAUCAAAGUAGCAAAUUAUUUAAUUGCGACGCGUUGCUUUUUUUUUUUUCCCACCUUGUCUGUGAUUAUUAUUCUUCGAAAUAAAAAGGAAAUCUCCAAUAACC